AUCAACGCCAGUGCCUCGGAGGCCGUCCAAUGGGAGGAGACGUUGGAGUUGCACGGCGUAGUUCCAGAGCCGCGGUGGGCGUGGCCGAGGGAGGCUGCGAGCCGGGUUCUGGCGGGAGAGGUUCUGGACUAGGUGGUCCGGAACUGGUUGUAGCUGUCGCUAUGUUUUUCUCCGAGGCUGGGGCCCGGCGGCGGACGUGGGAAGCCAGCCCCGCGGAACACAAGAAGUUUGUGGAAGUAUUUAAAGCAUGCGAUGAAGAUAACAAAGGCUACCUAAGCAGAGAGGACUUUAAGGUUGCUUUUGUAAUGCUGUUUGGGUACAAGCCCUCCAAGAUAGAAGCGGAUUCUGUGAUGUCUUCAAAAAAUUCCAGUACUUCUGGUGUAUCGCUUGAGGAGUUUUUAAAUAUCAUAAGGAAAAAGAAGGAAGUUCAACUAUAUCACAAUGAGAUAAGACACAUCUUCACAGCUUUUGACAUGCACUAUCGUGGAUUUUUAACUUUGGAAGAUUUCCAAAGAGCCUUCAGGCUUGUGGCUCCCAAAUUACCUGAAAGGACUGUUCUUGAGGUAUUCAGGGAAGUAGAUCAAGACUCAGAUGGUCUCGUCAGCUUUAGAGACUUCGAAUAUGCUAUGAAGAAUGGACAAAAUGAAGCCCAGCCGUCGAGAUCUACUUUUGGCAAUUCCGGGGAGAGCGGUAAAUUGUAAUAUAUUUAAAGGUCAAACAGACCUUGCCCUCGUGACUUUGUGAUCUGCAUACUUGUGAUUAAACUCUUAAUCAUA